AUGGCACCUCAUUCCAGUGCGCGGCUACAAUUAAAUCGUGGAGAAAUUAAUUUAUUUUUGACAGAUCGCAAUAUGGGUCUCCAAUUAUUAUUACACCUAGCGCUGGAAAAGGUGGGAAUUGAGGAGGCCAAUUUCAAAGUGCUUCUAUGUUCCUUGCUAUCAUUCCCUUUCAGCGUGAUCUUCAAACGUUUGCCUGAUGAUCAGUAUACCCUCAAGAAUGUUUAUAUCAUUGGAGUAUCAUGUUUUUAUAUUUUUGGAAUUCUCGAGCUUUAUUCUGGUCUCCGAACAUUGUUGAUAUCUUCUAUGGGAUGCUACUUCAUUACUCGAUACUUGCGUACCUCUAGUAUGCCAUGGGUCAAUUUCGUAUUCUUGAUGGGACAUUUAGCUUAUAACCACCUUCAAGCUCAGUUUUUCGCUACUUAUGAUCCAACCAAAAUUGACAUUUUAGGAGCCCAAAUGGUUCUUGUGAUGAAACUCUCGGCUUUUGGCUGGAACGUUUAUGACGGGAAAGCCCCAAAAUCAACGUUGUCUGAAUUUGGUCGUUUACAAGCUGUGAGGCAACAUCCAGAUUUGCUCUCCUACCUUGGAUUUGUUUUUUUCUAUGCUUCGCUACUUACUGGUCCUUCUUUCCAUUAUAAUGACUACGAUAGGUUCAUCAAAUCCAUCUUGUUUGAUGAUGUUCCGGAAUCAAAACGUCCUGGUAGAAGAGUGAAGCGAAGAAUCCCUCGCAGUGGAAUCCCUGCUCUUUUUAAGGCGCUGCAAGGAUUUAUGUGGGCGUACCUUUUCAUCAUCUCUCCCAAGUUUGUCACUGUGGAAUAUCUCUUGUCCGGGGACCUUGUAAAAGAACAUGGGUUCGUUUACCGACUGGUAUAUCUCUGGAUACUUGGGUUUUCGUAUCGUCUCAAGUAUUACACAAUAUGGCUGAUUGCAGAAGCAGCAUGUAUUUUGUGUGGAAUUGGGUACAAUGGUUACGAUAGUGCCACAGACUCGUUCAAGUGGAAUCGUGUUCAAAACAUUGACCCUGUAGCUUUUGAAACGGGGCAGAAUGUUCAUGUGUGCUUGGAGUCUUGGAACAUGAACACCAACAAGUGGCUCAAGAACUAUGUUUAUGCUCGAGUUGCCCGUCCAGGAAAGAAACCAGGGUUUAAGAGUACGGUAUUCACGUUCGUUACGAGUGCAUUUUGGCACGGAACUCGGCCAGGCUACUACUUGACUUUCAUUAUGGGUGCUUUCUCGCAAACUGUGGGCAAAAUUUAUCGUCGAAACUUCAGACCCAUGUUUGUUGAGCUGGACGGGAAGACUCCAAGAGGAGCGAAGUGGCUUUAUGAUGUAGUGUGCUUCUUUGUCACACAACUCACGUUUGGGUUUAUCUGUCAACCAUUCAUGAUUCUUGAUUUAAAAAACUCAUUAUACUGUUGGAGUACAGUGUACUUCUUUGUGCCCAUCGGUAUGGCGGUAACAUUGUUUGUUUUCAAAGGACCAUAUGCUAAAUCCGUGACAGCGUGGUGCCAGCAGUACCAUAGUAAACCUAAGGACGUUAAACCAAAGCAUAAACUUACCAAAGAGGAAAGUGAGCGAGUCUCUACAGCUGUGGGGGCAUUGCUUGAGAAGAACGAGACUGACCUAGCUGAAGCGCCAAGUUUGGGUCUUCCUUCCAUUGAAGUGUUACAGGAUGUCGAUAGACACGAAAUCGACGAAGAAUUGAAGGAACUCGGUCAAGCUUGGAAGUCUUUCCGGUCGCGGAGAGGGUCAGUUACGGAAGAUGAUUUCGAAGGCUUGAGAGAUGCCUAUAAUAACUUCACAUCAGAGAUCAAUGAGAUUUUCAGUUCCAAGAGAGAGGAAAAAAAGGGUUCUGGUUCCGAACUGAAAAAGAGUGUAUAA